UCCAACAAAUCUCACCAUCUCAUCUCCUGUAGGGCUGUGGAGUGUUUGUACUUUUUAAUCAAUCCAACCAAAUGGAGCCCACUAGGCCCCACUCACGAUCCUUCAUAAACACCAGAGAGCAACCCAGUACCAAACCAAAGCUCUGCUUGUGAGAGAAACAGAGAUAGAGAGAGAGUGAGAAAUGGUGAAUUUGGUGGCAGCACAGAAGCCAUUGUUGCAUGGGUUGAUGAAGAUGGCUGGGUUGAGACCCCAGAUGGUGGAGAUCGAGCCUGGAACAACUAUGAGCUUCUGGGUUCCAUCAGAAACCAUUAAGAAAGCAAAAUCUCAAGCUCAAUGUGAGAAUAAGGUGGUGGUGGUGGAGGAGGAGGAGGAGGAGAAGAAGAAAGGGAAAACCUCGAAAAAGAGGAAAGCAAAGAAGCCAGUAGUGGUAUUGGUACAUGGCUUCGCCGCCGAGGGUAUUGUGACGUGGCAGUUUCAGGUAGGAUCGUUGACUGGGAAGUAUGCGAUUUACAUUCCUGACCUUCUUUUCUUUGGGGGUUCCAUCUCUAACAGGACCGAACGAUCACCGGAGUUCCAAACGGAAUGUUUGGUGAAGGGAUUGAAGAAGCUUGGUGUGGACACGUGUACGGUGGUGGGGUUCAGUUACGGUGGGAUGGUGGGGUUUAAGAUGGCGGAGCUGCACCCGGAUAUGGUGAAGUAUCUGGUGGUUUCCGGUACGAAUCCGGCACUGUCCGACUCCCUCAGUGAUGAGACAAUGAAUAGGUUGGGGAUCUCUUCGUCUUCGGAUCUGCUGCUGCCCACUUCAAUUAAGGGUCUUAAGGCCCUUCUCAAAGUCGCCAUGCACAAGAAGCUCUGGUUUCCGGAUUGUUUGUUCAAGGACUACCUCGAGGUGAUGUUCAACAACAGAAAGGAGAGAGGUGAACUACUAGAAAAUCUGGACAACACCAAGAAGAACAUCACCAUCCCCAACCUUACACAAAAGGUACAUCUCCUAUGGGGUGAGGAGGACCACAUUUUCAAUAUGGAGAUUGCCCAGAGCCUGAAAGGGCAACUAGGAGACAAUGCAACACUGCAAAGCAUUAAGAAGGGAGGUCACCUCGUUCACCUGGAGCGACCCUGUGUCUACAACAGGCUUCUCAAGGCAAUCCUGGCUUCCCUGCAUACAGCUACAACCCAACAAUGAAGUUCACCUUUUCACUUCUGGUCUCAUGUUUAUGUUUCUUGUAGUACUGGUUUCCUGUUUUUCUGUAGUUUCAUUUACAAGUCAAGAAUUUUGGAAAACCUGGCAGAACUGAAGAUUCUUAUGUAAUUAGUUGUGAUGAAUUUAAGUA